AAAAUCCCAUUAAUUUUUUUUUUCAAUUAGAAAAUCACAAAAACAUUACAUUGCCCCUCUAUCCCUGUCUCUCUCACAUCCCAUUGAUCUUUGUCCUCUGUUUGUCUUGUUCUAAUUAUCUCCUCUUUAUAUUAAAAAGAAAUAUUAGAAAAACCAGAGCAACUGAAAACCAGGAGGGGAGAAGGAGGACAAGAACGAGAAGAGAGGGAGGAAAAAAGUAAUCAAAAAAAGAAAAACGCCUUUGGUUCUAUCAAGUACCCAUUUUGAUCUUAUCCCAUUUUUCUUCGAUCUCUUCCAUUUCAUAUCUAUUGCUUUCUCAGGGUUUUCAAGUAGCAUUUAUGAUUGCUGAAGGGGCAUGGGGCAUGGGAUCGAUAUGAUUAUAUUUAUGUGCCCCAGAAGUGUGUUUUAUGAAGCACCAUUGUGUUGAAAGAUCGAAAUAUCAAUUGACAGUUUCAGUUAGUUAAAACAUUUGACUGCGAUGCAACGUCGUACUCGUAGCACUACCGUUGGUUCUGGUAACUCUGGCAUGAGUCAAGACACUUCUUUCAACAACAUGCCAAAUACAGUUGAAAAUCGCUUGUCGAAUUGUGUGGAUUCUAGUGAGCAAUCUUGUCUAAAUGCUGUUGCUCAUGAUGUUCAGAGCUUUAAUAGCUGGAAUUCAGAUGUACCUAGCUCUAGCUUGAGCCUGCAAAAUCAGGUCAAUGAUGAUGGUACAAAAGGUGAAAAUGGUUGGUCUUCUUCAAUCAGUGCGCAACGUAGUUCUGGUUCUAGGUCAGAAGAAAGGGGAUUAGGACCAACGAAUACCCUCUUUCCAGAGAGAGACAGUAUUGGUUUUAAUGGCAGUCAGGUUGGGAGUGACCUGUUAUUCUUGCAUGGUUCCAGUUCAAAUCACAUCCCACAGAAUGCGACACAUAUAGGCAACAGUGGAAUCGGCUGGGAUGGUAUAGGCCCUAAUCAAUAUUUCUCACAUGGAGUAGAGACAGAGCGGACAUCUUCUUCGUCCACUCAUGAUAAUAUUGGGUGUUCAUCUGGUGUAGUGGGUUCAUCAUGCAAGAGGAAGGCCCUUGAAGGUACUUCCAGUCAGCCUUAUCCUAGCGGAAGUCCAACUGGCUUUCCCCGAGCUGAAAAUGGUGUAUGGCAUGCUGGUCCUCCUGGUCCAGCGGCCUUUUAUGAUGCUUCUAGCAGCUUAAAUGUAUCUACACACUUGCAAAGUUCCUCAACUUGUCUGCCUGAGCAGCUAAACCCUGGAAUUGGGGUUGGUAUGAGAGGAAUUGUUUCCAAUGGCUUUCCCUCUGCAAGUAGUUCCAGGAAUGCUGAAACUGCCUUGAGAAGUUUUGGGAGGAGAGUAAAUCCCAGCCAUCAUCUGGAAUUACCAUUCAAUUUGUCUUCUGCUGGGGGUGCCGGGCGGUCUAAUGUUUCCCCUCAUCAAUCAACAAGGCCCGUCUCAUUUACUGAUUCUCUGGAUUUGAGAUCGACUUCAGCAGCUUCUCCAAAUUUGAGUGCUCUCCAGAGCUCUCAUCCUGCUAUGAACAUUUCUGGUUCCUCAAGGAAUUUGCAUACAUUCCCUUGGAAUGGAGCCUCUAAUCCUAGAGCUGGCAAUUUAUCAAGUUCAUUUUUCUGUGGAGAGAGAGGUGCUGCAGCACGAGAAGAAGUGACCUUAAGAAACAUCCCUAGACCGAAUCCAGGGCAUCCCAUGCUUGUGCCUUCAUCUGAGGUGAGAAAUAUGGUCCAAGAUCCGGCAAGUUGGAAUAUGGCCUCUGGAAACUUGAACAGAUCUGGAAAUGUCCCUUCAAGUUCCAGUCGAAUUGGCUCCAGUUCAAGCAUCCAUCCAUUGCCUACUUCGGCUCUGAUACAAAACCACUCCCUAGCACAUAAUCAACAAACAUUGCUAGAACUUUCUCCUUGGUCUUUGUUUCCUACUUCUGAAGCUGAAUCUGUUGGUCUUGCUGCUCAUUUUUCUCCAUUAUCUUCCAGCGAUUCGGCUUCCUCUCAGGACUUAGCGAUGUCAUCUGGUAUGGGUGGUCAGGGUCAUCAUCAACCCAAUCGAAGGUCCGUAUUCUUGAUGGAGAGACAAGGUGCAGAUGUUCUUGGUAUGUCCCAUUCAUUGCAGGCUUUAGCUGCUGACAUGGAGGGGAGACACCAGCUAAUAUCUGAGAUUCGUCAAGUUUUGAAUGCCAUGGGCAGGGGUGAAAACGUUCAGGUCGAGGAUUAUAUGUUUUUCGACCCUUUCCUAUAUCAUGGCAUGGCUGAGAUGCAUGACAGGCACAGAGACAUGCGCCUUGAUGUAGACAACAUGUCAUAUGAGGAAUUGUUGGCUCUGGGGGAACGCAUUGGAGAUGUAAGUACUGGACUUAGUGAGGACACAAUUUUGAAGCUUAUGAAACAACGAAAAUAUGUGUGCAUCACAGAAGAGUCGCCACCAGAUUUGGAGCCCUGCUGUAUCUGUCAGGAGCCAUAUUUGAAUGGAGAUGAUAUUGGGAAUCUUGCUUGCGGGCACGAUUUCCACACCAACUGUAUCAAAAAGUGGUUAAUGCAAAAAAAUGUAUGCCCCAUCUGCAAAACAACAGCCAUGGAUCCGUGAGAGAGGCCAUCACUACUAGGGCAUGGAAGCUUUUUUUUUUUUUUCCUUUCUUUUCGAUGAACGACCAAAUUUGAAAAUAUCCUCUGUAUCAUUCUUUCAAAAACCAACCUUUCUUGCUCAUGAACAGCAUAACUUAUGGUGAUUGAGCAGCGAUGUCAUAAUUUGUUGUGUGAGUCAAAAAUAAUGUGAUGAUUAUGCAGACUGGAUAUCACAUUUGUGGCAUGAUCAGUUUUCUGAAUGCCUGCAAUUAGCAGGAACAGAUUAAUAGAUUUUAAAAUCUUCAGACAUUGAUUGAUA